AGGUCAUCGUUGGUCGCCGGGAUCCGCCAGCACGUGGUGGGGAAGGGGCGGCGCCCGCUAGCAAUAAGCUCCCGCGAGCGGCUGGAGCUGUCGGCUCUCGCGCCUCCCGCUGCGGUGCCCUCCGGACAUGCCCGAAGAGGCGGGCUUCCCGCCGGUCAAGAGAUUCCGGCCGGGCUUUGGGCCUCCGAGUCGCGAAGGGUCCUGCCCUCCCGGGAGACGAGUGGUGAUGCUGCUGGCUGCGGGCGGCGGCGGCGGCGGCGGCGGCGGAGGAGGAGGAGGAGGCCGCGGGCAGCAACCGCCCCUGGCCCAGCCCUCGGUUAGUCCCUACCCGGAGGCCGUGGAGCUGCAGCGCCGGAGUCUGCCCAUCUUCCAGGCGCGGGGGCAACUGUUGACCCAACUCCGCAACCUGGACAGCGCCGUCCUCAUAGGGGAAACGGGCUCAGGGAAGACAACUCAGCUCCCUCAGUACCUCUAUGAAGGGGGGAUUGGCCGCCAGGGCAUCAUUGCUGUGACACAGCCUCGCCGAGUGGCUGCCAUCUCUCUUGCUACUAGAGUCUCGGAUGAGAAGAGAACUGAGCUCGGGAAACUGGUUGGCUAUACUGUGCGCUUUGACGAUGUCACCUCAGAAGACACAAGGAUCAAGUUCCUGACAGAUGGCAUGCUUUUGCGUGAAGCCAUUUCGGAUGCUCUGCUUCGGAAGUAUAGCUGUAUCAUUUUGGAUGAAGCCCACGAACGGACUAUUCACACGGAUGUGCUCUUUGGGGUGGUGAAAGCUGCACAGAGACGGCGAAAAGAACUGGGGAAACUGCCUCUCAAGGUGAUUGUGAUGUCAGCUACGAUGGACGUGGAUCUCUUCUCUCAGUAUUUCAACGGGGCCCCUGUCCUCUACCUGGAAGGUCGGCAGCAUCCAAUUCAGAUUUUUUACACCAAACAGCCCCAGAAUGAUUACCUGCAUGCAGCCCUGGUCUCUGUCUUCCAAAUCCACCAGGAAGCCCCGUCUUCUCAGGAUAUCCUGGUUUUCCUCACUGGUCAGGAGGAGAUAGAAGCAAUGAGCAAGACCUGCCGAGACAUCGCGAAGCACCUUCCGGACAGCUGUCCUGCCAUGCUGGUCCUUCCGCUGUACGCCUCCCUGCCCUAUGCACAGCAGCUCCGCGUCUUCCAGGGGGCCCCAAAGGGCUAUCGCAAAGUGAUCAUUUCAACCAACAUCGCUGAAACCUCCAUAACCAUUACAGGAAUAAAAUAUGUAGUUGACACGGGCAUGGUUAAAGCAAAGAAGUAUAACCCUGACACUGGUCUUGAGGUGUUAGCUGUGCAGCGAGUGUCCAAGACCCAGGCCUGGCAGCGCACCGGAAGGGCUGGCAGAGAGGACAGUGGCGUCUGUUACCGGCUCUACACCGAGGAGGAAUUUGAGAAGUUUGAUAAGAUGACUGUGCCAGAGAUCCAAAGGUGUAACCUUGCGAGCGUGAUGCUACAGCUCCUGGCAAUGAAAGUCCCAAAUGUGCUCACUUUCGACUUCAUGUCCAAACCAUCUCCAGAUCACAUUCAGGUGGCCAUUGCCCAGCUGGACCUGUUAGGUGCUCUUGAACAUGAGGAUGACCAGCUUACCCUGACUCCAAUUGGAAGAAAGAUGGCAGCAUUUCCUUUAGAACCCAAAUUUGCCAAAACCAUCCUCGUUUCCCCCAAAUUCCACUGUACAGAGGAGGUCCUGACCAUCGUUUCCCUGCUGUCCGUGGACAGCGUGCUCCACAGCCCCCCUUCCCAGCGGGAUGAAGUGCAGGGCGUCCGGAAGAAGUUCAUAUCCAGCGAGGGCGAUCACAUUACUCUGCUCAAUAUCUAUCGAGCCUUCAAAAAUACAGGCGGAAAUAAGGACUGGUGCAAAGAGAAUUAUGUCAACAGCAAGAAUAUGAUGCUAGUAGCUGAAGUCAGAGCACAGCUGAGGGAUAUCUGCUUAAAGAUGUCCAUGCCAAUUUUGUCAUCCCGAGGAAACAUGGAGAAUGUCCGCCGCUGCCUGGCGCACAGCCUUUUCAUGAACACUGCUGAGCUUCAGCCAGAUGGGACCUAUGCCACCACUGACACACACCAGCCUGUGGCCAUCCACCCCUCGUCCGUCCUCUUCCACUGCAAGCCAGCCUGCGUUGUCUACACCGAGCUGCUCUACACCAACAAGUGCUACAUGCGAGACCUCUGCGUUGUGGACGCUGACUGGCUGUAUGAUGCCGCCCCCGAGUACUUCAGGAAGAAGCUGAGAACUGCCAGAAACUGAGCCACCUACACUGCCGGGAUCGCUGCUUACCCAGGAGCUUGCACCACAGCUGUCCUGGUAGCAACACCCAGGAGGGCUCCUAGAGAAGUGGCGAGUUUUAAUCCAGCUGGAUGUGCCCAACUUCCAGGAAUCUGAAAGCAUCUUUCUAAGAUUGAAGCGUGUAAAAGUGUACGCACAUCUAUACCUUGGAAACUUCACCAUUAUGCUUUCGGUUCUUGUUGGGUGACUUUGGAAGAUUUUGUUAACUUCUGAACCUCGGUUUCCUCAUCUGCCAAAUGGUGAAAAUAAUGAUGAUGAUGAUGAUGUUAAUAAUAAUCCUCAUAGGGUUACAGGAGUCGUGAGGUUUAGAGAAAAAGAAUGGAAAGUGCCCAGAGCUGUGCCUGGUGCAUGAUAGACAUACAAUAAAUUUGAGCCAUUAUGAUCAAUGUUAUUGCUUUCAACAUGCUGUGAAUUGAGUGCAACAAAAUCCCAUGAGUUUUUGUGACUGUGAAGGGGAUUUUCUGGAAAGGAGCCAUGGAAGACCACAGAGCUUGGAUACUGUCCUUGGAUCUAUUUUAACUUCUAUCUCUUUGAAGUUUUAAAAUAGAAACACCAGAAAUUGACUUCUGUAGAAGUUUCAAGAGGGAGGUUGCCUUUUACCUCAUGAGCUGGCUGCCCCGCAUCAAAGCCUCAUUCCCAGGGGGUGGACUCUCUGCUGUUCCCGAGCAGAGGGCAAUAAGGGAAAGUGCUCCAGUCUCUGGGCUGUGCCUGCCUGCUGGAUUCUCUCCAGCCUGGGUGCCUCUGGUGCACGUCCCCAUCAGUGCUUCUGGAGACAGGCAGUUCCCUGGGUUGAGGUUGAUUUGUAUCUUCUGCAUCAUGUUCAGUGCAGGCAUUGGAAACGGAUCUUCUAACGUGAUGGCCUAGAGCAUAUCUGGUUGUCGCUUUUGUCUGUAACUGAGCAUAUGUAAACAUGUGGGUAUAAUGAAUGACAUAGUACUCUGUUUCAGCCGUUUUGCCUCUGUCUUUGCCCCUGGUCAGAGCUGUGGGGGAAUGGGGAGACCACGGUCAGUGAAAACCCAGAGAGAGAGAGACUGGCUCAUCUCAUACCGCAUUCGGUCUUCAUGUUCUUAUAUCAUUUUUUAUUUUCUGUAAUCUUUUUCCUGCUUCUUAGGGAUUUGGGGACAACUUGCCUUUGCUACUUUCUGUGGGCCGGUCACCCCUCUAGCCUCAGUUUCCACAUUUGUCAGAGGGAAUUAGAGGAUCUCCACAGUCUCUUCCCAUCCUCCUGUUUUGAAAAGGGAAAAGACACCAAAGAUUCUUAGCUAUUUAAUUAUCAAAAGCAAAUGAUCUUUCCCCAGAAGGUGUUUUGCCCUGGGAAAAGCCAAGACUUAACCCCUCUUUUUGCAUGCUUAGUUGGUCUAAACACAUCUGGGCAGUGUUUCUGAUCAUUGCUUACACGUUCAAAAUGAGUCCUGCAGUUUAUAAGCAUAGGGCCAAACUGGGCUAAGGAGGCUCUUCAAAGAUAGUGGACAGGCUCUUCACUUGGGGUCCAACAGUCUUCUCAGGGACCACAGCCUUAUGGAGUGCUUCGGUGUCAUAGACCUGUCCAUAGUUGCACAUGCCAAGUCUGGCUCAGUUUUUACAUCACUAGCUGUGGUCUUCAGCAUUCAGGCUGUUAGCCAGUGUUCGGGGCUAUUAGAACUUGUGAUUUAUUUCUGUAACAUAUAGUUACAUUUAGGCCAAAUAGGAUUGACAGAUUCUGUAGACCCCAUCGUACUAAAUUCUUAGAUUCUUGGCUGACUUGCUCUUAACUGUUGUUGACUUUCUGAAAAGUUUCUCUCUUCUUUUUUUUAAAGUGUAUUUCUUUUUUCAUUUAUUUGAUACAGGGCUAGGAUGUUUAGCCUGACUUGAUACAAGAUAAUACUGUAUUUUUUCAUAAAAUUGUGCUGGUAAAAAAUUGGGGGAGGGGCAAUUUAUUUUAUUCCUUGGCAGAUUAUCUCUAUCUAGAGGUGUACUCUGAUUCAAGUCAGACUUAACUUGGAGAAUAGUGUAUGUCCAGCUUAAGUAGCUGAACAACUUCCAGAAAUGUAUAUUCUUUUUUGAGUGGAAGUACAGCAUAAAGGGUAUAAACAGCUUCUGCAUAGGUUUAAUGUUUCUGUACAGAAAUAUGUUUAUCUCUGUAACAUUCUGCUAGAAUUUUAAUACAGUAUUUAGUUUUUUAUUGGGCUUUUUAAAAACUUAACUUUUAACAUAGCUGCUCAGGGAUUAAAUCAGAUUGGAAAACCCAUUCUGACUCUACAUAUUACUACAAAGAAGUACAUGGUUAUUUAUAUUGAACUGCAGGGAAUAAUACACUUUAAACUUUCUUUAAGAAAGUUAAGUGUUUCACAGCGAUGUUAUUCUUGAGCUAUUCUUUUUCAGUUGGUGAGAUCUCUGAUGGUGUGACACCUCUUUUCCAACUUGGGAAAUCCAUAUCCAGACUAGUCAGUCACUGGCUCCCAUGAGCAGCUUCCUGUAAACAGAUGCCCUCAAGCAGAUGGCAUGCCUCCAGUGUUCUUCUUGUACUUCUUGUCUCAUGACGUGUGAAACAUCCAUAGCAACACAGAUUUCGUUACAAGGGGAAGGACUAUAAAUCCUUGGUAAAAAAACAACAGCAACAACAAAAACAAAACCCUUAAUAUUGCAUCUCUGCUAGUUUUAAAGAGAUACCAGAACAGAGAGGCAAGCUUUUGCUCCGUGGGUAAACUGAUUAUGUACUGUGGUACAUAUGUGUGCUUAACCCAGCUGCCAAAGAACUGCUUGGAACUUGGCUAGGCAAGCAAGAUACCAUUCCUCGAGCAUAUGAGGAAGUCUGCACCUGUGGGGUAACAAAAAUUUUAUUGUAUUUUAUUUGAUCAGAAUGUUGUCGCUUGCAAAAACAAACAAACAAAAACCCCUAGAGUGAAAAAUAAUCAAAUUGAUUCAGAUUUAUGUUGUUUUUCAAGAGUCUGGGCUUUUUCAGACAGAUAUCGCCCUAUAGAAACAUUAACUCUUGUAUAUAAUGUUCAAAUUUGCACAUGACUAUCAAAUCCAUUAAAAAUGAAUCUUGUA